UACUUUACUGUGUUAUUAUUAGGCGAAGUACUGGUAAGGCGUAAAAUGCAUAAUAAGAGAACAUAAUUAAAAAGCAGUACCACCGGCUCAGGUACACACUUCAAUUCUGGGAAAUGUAGUCUCUAACGUUGCACCUCAAAACAGGAAGUUGGUGCAACCGAAAAGGCGCGUCGUACAGAAACCAUUGUGUUUCUUUGGAGUUACUCUGGAACAUGCCGGAGCAAGUACCGCGACCAACAUGGAGGCAAAAAACUUAAAAAUACUGUUUAAACACUGUAACCAAUGAACGUUUAUAUAGUUAGUUGUCUAAUCGGUUAUUGUCUCUAAGCUUGUUGUGUGGAAGUUGUAACAAUGUUCAUUCUUAAACGCGUGGGGUGCGUUGGAAGCAUCAUGGUCCCUCAAUGCACCUCCCUUUUUGUGGGCAAUUUUUCUGCUUGUCAUUGCCUAAGUUCCACAAAGAGACACAGCCCGUACAGCUCAGUGGACAUUGAGCGAUACUCCUCUCUUGUUAAGGCAGUCAUGUCAUCCAAGGUCAGUUCCCAAACCCCAGAGAACCUCCAAGAAGAGGACGAGCACAUUUAUGGACCUGUUGUGAAAGCUCAAAACCCCUCCUCGAGAUCAGAGGUGAGGGUACCCAAAAAUCUGCAUCCCUUCUUAAACUGCGAAGAGACUGUAGAAACAGAGGAGGCAGAGUCAGGACCUCCAGCCCGGAUUUUGUUGAACCGGGGCAAAUACAGGUCUCCGGUACCCAGUGUCACACGCAUUCUUCAGCAGACCCUUUCCCGAGAGCAGAUCUUCUACCUGGAGAGGUGGAAGAGGAAGAUGAUCGCACAACUUGGAGAAGAAGGCUUCCAAGAGUACAGUCAGAAUUUAUUUAGGCAAGGGAAGCUUUUCCAUUCAACUGUGGAGGACACUCUGAUAUCAGAUGCAACAAGCAUGGAUAAAGAAUCCUCUGAGAAAGCAGAGUACCAACCUGAUGUACAGGGAUACAUGGAGAGCAUCUCCCAUGUUCUGGCAGAUGUGAGUGCAGUGAGAGCCACUGAAAGCACUGUGCAACAUGCCGAGCUCAACUAUCUGGGAAUUAUGGAUUGUGUUGCUCGCUACAGGGGAGUGCUAUGUCUUAUUGACUGGAAGACUUCAGAGAAGCCCAAACCAUUCUUGAGCAACACUUUUGACAAUCCUAUUCAGGUGGCAGCCUACGCCGGGGCUUUGAACAGUGAUGGCAACUACAAGUACCAGGUUGAAAAUGGUCUCAUUAUAGUGGCCUAUAAGGAUGGCUCCCCUGCACAUGCUCAUCAAUUGAGCUCAGAGCUAAUGUUGAAGUACUGGUCAACUUGGCUGCUUCGUCUCGAAAACUUCACAGAACAAAGUACAAGUCAGGCUUCAAGUUCUUUUGUGGAAAAGAGAUGAGAUUUGUGAAGAGAGAGCAUUUCCUUAAAGCAAGUCCUUUUAUUAUAGCGCCUCUGAUCCUUAACUAAAAAUAUAACAUUGUCCCAUUCAGUAGGUGGGUUAAAUGUGUCAAUGUAAUCAUGACCAAUGACUACAAUUGGUAUGUUCUUUAAUCAUUUUAGUCAACUUCUUCUUCUUCUAGGUGUUCAUUCAUUCAAUCAUUGAAUCCAAACCAGGCCUCCCUGUGUGAAGGGUCCUGAGUGAAGCCUAGGUUUUUAAAGAGCUUGUAGGAGGUCUCGUUCUCCUCUUCUAUGAAGCAGUACACGGGGUAGCCCUGAGCGUGUAGUCUCUUGGCCAUGGUGCUGAUCAGGACUUUGGUGUAUCCUUUCCCUCUGCGCUCUGGCAGAGUGUACAAUAUGCCCAUUGCACAUGAGGCAUAGGUCAGGAUCCAGGACACAGGCUUUCCUUCUGCGUCCAGCACACAGCAGGAGGGGAAGUUUGCGAGCAUGUUCCGGAUCAUCCUCACAGCUUCCUUGUUCUUCGCAAACUUCCACAUCUGAUUCACCAAGCCAACGUGGGACUCAUCCAGAGAGCUUAGUGAAAUCCCUGGGCUGAUGCAGAACAGAGCAGAUGGACUUUCAGAGCAUCGUUCUUUAUUGUUGAAAUAUUAAAUGUAAGAUAAUAAUUUGAAUGAACGUCAUGGUUAGGCUCUACCUGUCUAUAGAGGGAAGGUUGGAAACAUCCUUAAGUAUCAUCAUGUGACACACUGCCAGUUGGCUGCUGGACACGCCUUUUUCUGAUGCUACUGCUUUUAAUAUCUCCAUGUGGCGAAGAUUGAUUCGUUUUGAUAUAAGAUAUGACAAUAACAUGCUUUAAUACAUGUGUUACAAAGUAAUUGUGUAUUCCUUUUGGUUACAGUGACAUUUAUUUAUUGAAACAGGUUUAAAGAUCAGAAUAUGAUAUAUUUUGAAGACAUCACAAAGUUGCUCUAUUGAUAGAAGUAGAAAAUAGAUAUGUUUUUUCUUAAUCAUCUUGGAAUAGAGGUUUUCACUACCCCUAUGAGAUGAAUCCCUAUCUCAUCAAAUGGCUUCUCCCUAACCCUUUUCUGUUUUACCUGUGAUUGUUUUACAAGCACUUUGCUCUAUGGCCAUCUGGCUAGAUAAUCAUUUAGGUAUUGUAAUGACUAUGUUACUGAUCUUUGCACUUUCUGUGGUAUUGGAAAGACAUUAACUGCUGGCAUGAUAUGCCUCAAUCGUUGGAGAACUUUGAACACAAUAAAACAAAAGACAAUACAAUUAAAAUCUUGAAGAUGA